UUUGUUGGAAGUUGCAAAGUCCUGCAGCCUCCAGAGGGCUGUCGGCGCAGUAGCAGCGAGCAGCAGCGUCCGCGCGCUCCGGCGAGGGGCAGACGAGCUCGAGGGAGCGCGGACCGAGCCGGGACCCAGCGCCGUCCGCAGGCCGCCAGGACAGCCCCCGCCAUGGCACACCAGCUCCUGUGCUGCGAGGUGGAGACCAUCCGCCGGGCGUACCCCGAUGCCAACCUGCUCAACGACCGGGUGCUGCGGGCCAUGCUUAAGGCGGAGGAGACUUGCGCGCCGUCCGUGUCCUACUUCAAGUGUGUGCAGAAGGAGAUCCUGCCGUCCAUGCGGAAGAUCGUGGCCACCUGGAUGCUAGAGGUCUGCGAGGAGCAGAAGUGCGAGGAGGAGGUCUUCCCGCUGGCCAUGAACUACCUGGACCGCUUCCUGUCGCUGGAGCCCGUGAAAAAGAGCCGCCUGCAGCUGCUGGGGGCCACCUGCAUGUUCGUGGCCUCGAAGAUGAAGGAGACCAUCCCGCUGACGGCCGAGAAGCUGUGCAUCUACACUGACAACUCCAUCCGGCCCGACGAACUGCUGCAAAUGGAGCUGCUCCUGGUGAACAAACUGAAGUGGAACCUGGCAGCCAUGACCCCACACGACUUCAUCGAGCACUUCCUCUCCAAGAUGCCAGUGGCAGAGGAGAACAAACAGAUCAUCCGCAAGCACGCGCAGACCUUCGUAGCGCUCUGUGCCACAGAUGUGAAGUUCAUUUCCAACCCACCCUCCAUGGUGGCAGCUGGCAGUGUGGUGGCCGCCGUGCAAGGUCUACACCUGGGAAGUUCCAACAGCUUCCUGUCCUACCACCGCCUCACUCGGUUCCUCUCCAAAGUGAUUAAGUGUGAUGCGGACUGUCUCCGGGCGUGCCAGGAGCAGAUCGAAGCCCUGCUGGAGUCCAGCCUGCGCCAGGCCCAGCAGCAGAGCCUGGACCCCAAGGCGGCGGAGGAGGAGGAGGAGGAGGAGGAGGCCGACCUGGCCUGCACGCCCACCGAUGUGCGAGACGUGAACAUUUGAGGGUGCGCGCGACGCGGGAGGGGCCGGCCCCGGGUGCUCCCCGGACAGGACCGCUCCUCGCCAGGACCGGUCACGACCAGAAGGGAAAGUUUCCUUCUCCUUUACUGUUGGUUUUUUUUUUUCCUUUGCUCUUUCUCCCUUCCGUCUCUGACUUAAGCAAAAGAAAAAAAAAAGUACCCGAAAAAAAAGAUCUUU